AACUCACUCUUUCCGUCUCACUAGUUGUCUGUUGUUGUUGUUCUUCUUAUCGUCCAUGAUGAUGAUGAUCAUCCGCAGUGCCAUCGGCAGAAGACUUUCCUCCUCUUCUUCCUCUCAUGCUUGGUUGACCACCACCACCCCCAUUCAUACUUCUUCAAACUGUGUUGAUCAAACCCUCCAUGGGUUUCAGAAGAGCAGGAGCAGGAGCAGCAGCAGCACCACCUCAUCGCCUGUUGGUCUUCCUUCUUACAUGAGAGCAGCUGUCUUCUGGGAACCCAACAAGCCUCUCACCAUUGAAGAGUUCCACAUCCCUCGCCCCAAGUCUGGUGAAAUUCUGAUCAAAACCAAAGCCUGUGGAGUCUGCCAUUCUGAUCUCCAUGUUAUAAAGGGUGAGCUUCCGUUUGCUAGCCCCUGUGUUGUGGGGCAUGAGAUCACUGGUGAGGUUGUUGAACAUGGACCGGCUACGGACAAUAAGACCACAGAAAGAUUACAAAUUGGAUCUCAUGUUGUUGGAGCUUUUAUCAUGCCUUGUGGUAGCUGUUCCUAUUGUUCAAAGGGCCACGACGAUUUAUGCGAGGACUUCUUUGCCUACAACCGUGCCAAAGGAACCCUUUAUGAUGGUGAAACUCGGUUAUUCCUCCGUAGCAGUGGAAAACCUGUAUACAUGUAUAGUAUGGGAGGCCUUGCUGAGUAUUGUGUUGUACCAGCAAAUGCAUUGACCACUUUACCUAAGUCAUUGCCAUUUACAGAGUCUGCCAUUUUAGGAUGUGCAGUAUUCACUGCUUAUGGUGCUAUGGCACAUGCGGCUGAGGUUCGUCCUGGGGAUUCAGUUGCUAUUAUUGGAACUGGGGGCGUUGGAUCCAGCUGUCUGCAGAUAGCCAGAGCAUUUGGUGCCUCUGAUAUUAUUGCCGUCGAUAUUCAGGACGACAAACUGCAGAAGGCCAAGAUAUUUGGUGCUACUCAUGUUAUAAAUGCGGCUAAAGAAGAUGCUGUUGAUAAAAUAUUGGAAAUAACUGGUGGGAAAGGUGUGGACGUUGCUGUGGAAGCCCUUGGAAAACAACAGACCUUUUUGCAAUGCACCAAGAGUGUGAAAGAUGGAGGAAAAGCUGUCUUCAUCGGGCUUACAGCAGCCGGUGCAAUUGGGGAAGUAGAUAUUAAUCGUCUUGUUCGUAGAAAGAUAAAAAUCAUUGGAUCAUACGGAGGAAGGGCAAGGCAGGAUCUUCCAAAGAUAGUUAGACUAGCAGAAAGUGGUGUAUUUGAUCUGUCUACUGCUGUUUCAAGAAAAUACAAAUUUGAGGAGUCUGACAUUGCGUUCCAGGAUCUCAACCGGGGAAGAAUUGUUGGUCGGGCUGUCGUUGAGAUAAUGUAGCUUUAUUCCCUCUAAGCUGACUGUUCCUGAUGCCAGAGCUCUGCCUCAAGGUACAAGUAGACCCCGAAGUAGAUUGAAGGAACAUAAAUAAACAUAGCCCGGACGGACAUUGCUCAAUCUACUUCAGUAUCAGUCCUAAUGAGUUGAAUGCUAGACGAUUUUCCUCAGUUUUUUACUUCAGUAUUGCUUCUGUAAUCCUGUUUAUGCACAUUAAACUUUUCUUAUUGUUUAGAUGUACAUAUCAGAAUAUGAAACAAAUAAAAUUGUAGUUCUUCUUCAUGUAAGAGUAACAUGCAAUAAAGAACUCACUUUGUUAAAGCUCUGUGCUUGUCACAUCGGAGCGGAUUA